UGUCCUUCUUCAUCAAACCACAAAAUCAUCAUCGAAAAUGAAAGCUCUCACUUAUGACGGAGUCGGAAAAUGGAAAGUCGUGGAAAAGGACAUCCCAAAAGUAAAGGAUGGACAUGAAGCACUUGUCAAGCUCGUCCGAACCACCAUUUGCGGUUCGGAUCUUCACAUCUUGAAAGGCGAUGUGCCGACUGUCGAGCCAGGACGCACGCUAGGCCACGAGGGAAUCGGAAUCAUCGAAGAGACCGGAAACGAAGUCAAGAAUUUCAAGAAAGGUGAUCGCGUAAUCAUCCGAUGCAUUACAUGUUGCGGCACAUGCACCUUCUGCAAGAGAAGCAUGGCAGACUCGUGCCGAAAAGGAGGCUGGAUUCUCGGCCAUACUCACGAUGGCACGCAAGCCGAAUACGUCAACAUCCGCUACGCAGACACAUCUCUCUACCUAGUCCCCGAAGGAGUCGACGAGCGAAGUCUGCUAGUCUUCAGCGACAUCCUCCCAACAGGUCUCGAAGUCGGCGUUCUGCGUGGGAAAGUGACACCGGGCUGUAGCGUCGCCAUUGUCGGUGCCGGCCCCGUAGGACUAGCAGCAGGCCUAACAGCCCAACUCUACGCCCCCUCCAAACUCGUCUUCUUCGACAUGGACGACUACCGCCUCGAAGUCGCCAAGAAAAUGGGCGCCACUCACACCUAUAACGUCAAAGGAAACUCCAACGUCCGUGCCCUCGCGGCCGAACACAUGGGUGAAGGGGAUGGCUUCGACGUCGUGUGCGAGGCGGUGGGAAUCCCCGCGACUUUCAAUAUGUGUGAGGAACUUGUGGGGUUGGGAGGACAUAUUGCGAACAUUGGCGUUCAUGGAACGAAAGUGGAUUUGCAUAUUGAUAGGUUGUGGUCGAGGAGUACGACGAUUAGUAUGGCGCUUGUGAGUGCGCAUACGAUUCCGACGUUGUUGAAUUUGUAUGCGAAUGGGAAGUUGGGCAAUGCUGGGGAUAUGGUUACGCAUGAUUUCAAGUGGAGCCAGAUUGAAGAAGCGUAUGAUGUUUUCAGUCGAGCUGCGGAGACACGAUCUCUCAAAGUCAAUAUUGAGUUCUAGUUGUAUUCAUUGGUCGUCGUUGUACAUAAUGCUGUUGUUCUGUACAAAGCAGAUCCGCUAUUCGAGAAUCGUCCGUCUCCGUUGUUGAGGCGUCGAUGCCGAUGCCGUUUGUUCCACGUACUUUGCAAAUCUUACCAGUGGCAUGUCGAUAUACUUCCAAAAGAGAUGUCCUCCGCCAAUGGAUAUUGUUAGCAUGCAUAUCCAUCCGAGCAUCAGUCCGCCACAGUAUCCUGAUUUCGACCCGAAGCCUGUAAGUUCCCAGAUUUUUGGCUGCAGAGCAAAGCCGAUGGAAUGUAGCAAUGGUCCGUGAACCAGAUACAGGCCGUAAGAGAUCUUCCCGAGGUAUUGAGGUAUUGAAGAGCCGAGGAAUGCUUUGAUGGGUGAAAGCCGGGGUACACACCAGAGGACGACUAUGGCUGCUGCAGAGUGCCAGAAUUUGAAAGUGUCGUUAUAAAGCAACUUGAUGAGGUUGUGAAGGAAAAUGAAGCCAGGAGUCUUCUUGCCCUGUUCGUCCGGGAAAGAGAGCACGUAGAAUGCUACCACGAGUGGAAAAUAUCUCCAAGCCAUCAAUGCGUAUCUCCUGGCCUUUGGAGGUGGCUCCGGGAUCGAGGCGGGAUGGUCUUCGGUGGGCAACAGCGAUUCCUUCUCUUCUAGUAGUGUUGUGUUCUUAAUCGUAUGACAUAGAUGAAGAUCGGCAACCAAAGCCCCUCCAGUAAAUGUCGCGACAUCCCAUCGUCUCGCAGCGAACAUGUAAAGGGUGACGAAGGUGAUGAACCCCAGUCGCCAUCGCUGCCUGAGGCGCAUAGAAGCGAGUAGUAGCAUGAAGAGGACCAUCGAACUCCGAAAUUCCACGGGAAUGGUCCACGUAUGAGGGUCGUAAGGAUUGUAGAAAAUCGUCGUCUUGAAAGGAGUUUGCCAGCCCCACCACAUUUUCCCAAAAUUCCACACCUGAGCCCCGAAAGUUUUGAAGAUGGGUGGAUGUUGCUCCCACACUCCCUUCAUCAAUUUCGUAUUGUUCAAUUUUCGUCCUUUCUCAAACGCUCCAAAGUACGCCGCGCACAUGACCAUCAGCAUGCUGAUCGAUGCGGGCAGAUAUAAUCUCAUCCAACGUCGCAGAGCCAGAGAGGCUAAUCGCGCGACUCCGUGAUCAAGUCGGUCGGUUCGUGUCGCUGCCAGAAAGCCAUGGCUCAGGACGUAUCCGGAUAUUGCAAAGAAGAGGGUUACCAUGGCCCGGCCACGGACAAUGAGACAUAAGAUCGGUAGUUGGUGCAAAUAUCUUGAGGCUCCAUGUUCGAGUUCAACGGCAUACCCGUGGAUUGUCGUCUGAGUAUAUGGAUAAAGGAAAUGGAAGUUGAAAACGAUCAAGCAGGCCAAGCCUCGAAGUCCGUCAAACGAGGCAGUUCGAGAGGUUUUGGUUGGAGAUGCAGCUUGGUUCGAUGUG